UUUCCUCUCAGUUUUUCCUCAGCCAGACUCUUGUGGGCAGGAUCAGCUUCAGCUCCUCGACACUCACGAACAUCAGCGGCUCUUAAAGACUUCAUCACUUCAGCCUCUGUGACACUGCAAUGACCUCACUCGGGUGGUUAUCCUUGUUGCACUCCCUCCUUGUCCUACAAGUCCACUGGUCCAACCAGUUAGAGGACAACAAGAUCCCCCCCAGUCUGUGUACGGGUCACCCUGGUAUCCCGGGCUCUCCUGGAGUUCAUGGCAGUCCUGGUCAGCCAGGAAGAGAUGGGAGGGACGGGAGAGAUGCUGCUCCCGCGGAGAAGGGAGAGAGAGGGGACAGGGGAGACUCAGGUGAGACAGGAGUACGAGGCCUGAUCGGAGACAAAGGCGACCCAGGUGAGAAGGGGGAGAGGGGCCAACAAGGCGAGUGUGCCGUGGCCCCCAAAUCAGCCUUCAGUGCCAAACUAUCUGAGGGCCACACUCUACCCCUCACUGUGGGCGACGCCCUCCGCUUUGACAAGAUCCUGCUGAAUGAACAGGGCGACUACAACACUGAGACGGGGCGCUUCACCUGCAAAGUCCCUGGAGUGUAUUACUUCAGCGUCCACGCCACAGUUUACCGUGCCAGCCUGCAGUUUGACCUGAUGAAGAAUGGACACACGGUGGCAUCUUAUUUUCAGUUUUAUGGAAACUGGCCCAAACCGGGGUCACUGUCUGGUGGCUCCCUGCUCCACCUUGUCCCUGGGGACCAGGUGUGGGUCCAGAUGGCUCUGUCAGAGUACAACGGGUUUUACUCCAGCACCAAGACGGACAGCACCUUCAUCGGCUUCCUGGUGUACUCUGAAUGGAAAAACUCUGCUGUGUUUGCAUGACGUGUGCUCAUGAACAAAACAAAGUCACUUUCCUUUGUGGGAAAUGAACACAACCUUUUUAUAAGAUUCCUAAUUGAGAUUUUCUGGAUAAUGACAAGUGAACUGGCUGUGAUGUGCCACAGCUGUAUUUGUGUAUGAACAGACAAUUCUCCUUGAAUGGCACAUACCGUACUGGUGAAGUGUGAGGUGCACACACGGAGCACCGAUGUUUGUUCAGUGUCUGUUCUUCAGUUGACAGACACUUGAUUCUUCUACCAGAUGUUGCAACUAAACCAACCAACUCCAGGCCACCGAUUCUAACAGUCUUAAUAAUGCACUUUGUUUCUGCUCAGUGAACAUAAAACAUGAAUAAAUCAUUUUAG